AUGCUUUCGCCAAGCGUGUCGAAGAGGUUCUCAAAAAGUAUGGAAUUGAAGACAUAUACAACGCAGACCAAACGGGAAUCAAUUAUGAGUAUUUACCCAAAGAAACAAUCGACACAAAGGGUUCCAAGACCGUGUGGAUCAAGUGCGCCGGUCACGAGAAGGACCGCAUGA